AUGGCGCGAUCGUUACCCGUCAAACGCAAUCCUCUUGUUGCGCCCGGCUCAGCGCCAGCUCAUGAAGAGCUCCUCGCUCGCAGGCGUCUGGGCAAGACGAAGUUGUCUGUCAAACCUGGGCAGAUCGGAACGUCGAAUGCGACAAAGGCGGAGAAUCUCGGCCACUUUGAAUAUGCGCAUUUGCGAGCUCCUCUCCCAGAAGACCUGACGGGCUCCGAGAUAUUCGCGUCGCAGUCGAACCAAGCUCACCCAGAGACUUAUUUCCUCAUGAGGAGAAGUAAAGAUGGGUUCGUCAGCGCGACUGGCAUGUUCAAGAUCGCUUUCCCCUGGGCUACGCAUGCAGAGGAGAAGGAAGAGCGCGACUAUUUGAAAGGCCUUGACGCGACCAGCGAAGAUGAGGUCGCUGGCAAUGUCUGGAUUUCGCCCGACUUUGCGCUUGAACUCGCCGAGGAAUACGGCUUGAGCGAUUGGAUUCGCGCGCUUCUUGAUCCCACGGAAAUCACUCAAACACCUUCAAGCACUAAGAAGCCAAUUGCAGCACCUCCCAAAUUCGAUCUUCCCGAUCUACCUCCCAGCAAGACCAAAGGCCCAGCAUCUACCAAAGGCCCUCGAUCAAGGAGAACGAGGUCAGUGUCGCCAAGCAAAGCAGGGACUCCAGCGAGAGCGAAGGCGUCCCCUAGGAAGAGACAGACGAAAGCGCAGAAGGAAGCCAAUAUUGCUCAUGCCGAAGCGGCAAGCGCAUCGCUGCAGUCGGCAUUGGAUGAUGCCGCAUCUGUUGCACAGUCGGUCCUUGAUGACGCUGCCUCGGUGUCCGCGGAAGGGACCGACUCAAAACUAGCAUCUCCCGAAACCACGGUCUUACCGUCCCCGCCGACGACAAGCGCCGAGUCGGAGACGGUCAAGGUUGAGGUGGAUCAGACAGUCGAGUUGGAGGGCAACACCCAGAUUACACACACGAAUGUUACAGUGGAGAUGCCAGCAGGAUCACCAGAGCUGCCUCUACCUGAAGACACGGAGAAGAUGCUCGAGACAGCCAGGAAGAUGGUUGAGGAGGCCAAGACCCUGGAGAGUUCUCCCAAAGUUUCCAAGAAGCGCAAAGCAGCAGAAGCAGAGCCCAGCGACAUCGACGCCGAACUUCCCGCGCAGCCGGCAAAGAAGGCAAGAGUGUUGGAAGAGAAGCUGAAGAGAGAGAAGGUGAGGACACGAGCGGUUCUCGGUGUUACGGCCACCUUGGCUAUUGCGUAUGUUCUCUCUGCUUGA